AUGUCCAACAUCAUCCAGCUGCUGACUGGAGAGGUUGCCAUAAGGACUCAUCAUGUUUCCAUCUAUUUUUCCUUGGACGAGUGGGACUAUAUAAAAGGAAACAAGGACCUUUAUGAGGAAGGGAUGAAGGAGGAGGGGCCCCAGCAGCUCCGCUCAGUAGAUUGUGAAUAUGAAGAUAUUACAGCUAAUCUGGGAGCAACAGUAUCUUGUAAUGAUGACCUGAGGGAGAUUUUGGAUGACGGAACAAAAGGAAAUCUCACAAACCCUCCGGUGGAACAUCCGCCAUCAUCAAAUGUUAUUAAAGAGGAAGUGACUUCAUGUGAAGAGGGAAACCAAUCAGAUUGCAGCAUUAAUCCACUUACAGAACAGAUACAGGGAACAGAUACACCUACUCCUAUCAUGGGAUGCAGCCUGAAUAACAGCUUGGUAGAUAAUUAUAUCUUAAAUGGUAUUAAUGAGCAGUCAGCUUCAUGGAAAGGAGACAACCAAUCAGAUUGCAGCAUUAAUCCACUUACAGAACAGAUACAGGGAACAGAUACCUAUUCUCCUCCUAUCAUGGGAUGCAGCCUGAAUAACAGAUUUGCAGACAGGUAUAUAUCAGAUGAUAUAAAAGUGGAGGUGGCUCCAUGUGAAGAAGGAAACCUUAUUGUUUCAAAAUCAAUACAGGAAAUCAAUACAUCUGCUGCUAUUAUGGGAACAGCUACACCUGAUCUUUUGAUGGGAUACAGCCUGAAUACCAGUUUGUCAACCAGUUAUGUAUCAAAUGAGAUCAAAGAGGAAGUGACUUCAUGGGAAGGAGGAAACCAAUCAGAUUGCAUCAUUAAUCCACUUGCAGAACAGAUACAGGGAACGGAUACACACAGUACAACAUUCAUGCAAUCCAGCCUGAAUUAUAAUUUAUCAGCAACUAACUGGAAUGAAGAUAUUGAGAACCUCAGUACAGCCACACAAAUGUGUCCCCAGAGCAUACACUCUAUGCAAGGCUCCGAGUGCCGAGGCUUCAGAAGACAGAGAACUCUUGGAAGACCUCAGAAGACUCACACGGGAGAGAAACCAUAUUCUUGCUCCGAGUGUGGCAAAUGCUUCAGGCAAUGCUCCCAGCUCACCGUACAUCAGAGAACUCACACAGGGGAGAAACCCUACGCUUGCUUCAUAUGUGGGAAAUGCUUUGCUCAGAGCUCCCAGCUUUCUGUACAUCGCAAAAUUCACACAGGGGAGAAACCCUACUCCUGCGCUGAAUGCGGCAAAUGCUUUACCCAACGCUCAAGUCUUAAAAUCCACCAGAAAAUCCACACAGGGGAGAAACCGUACUCUUGUUCUGAGUGUGGCAAAUGUUUUACACGCCGCUCGCACCUUAUCGUACAUUACAGAGUUCACCAGAAAUCAUUUUUGGCUCACGCACGAUGACCCUACGAUUGCUUCUAAAACUGGGAUUAUGAAUUUAUGAGUCGAAAAUGGCUCAAUUUAUAGCGGCCAUGUGAAAGGAUUUAUUUUUUUAAUCAAAUCAAUCAUUUAUAUGUCAACAAACCUCAUUUGCACCCACAAAAGUGCAACUCUCCAUUUGUCAGUGUUUGUUUACACUGGAAGAAUGGGGAGGGUGCGGUUCAGGAUGCUCCCGAUGUAUGAAGACAAGUUCAGCAGGGGCUACUGGGAAUUAAAGGGUUAACUGCCUAUCACUGGCCCUGCUUGACCAAUGAAACAAGGCGUCUUCAGAUUUUGCUUAAUAAAAGUAGUUCCACAGUU